AUGUUCGCUUUCCUGUUUUUUGUUUUAAGGUUGCCUCCGGACACGAACCUGGACGCGAGCUCGGCGUCAUUUACGGACGACUACCUCACAGCACACAACGGACAACAACCCGACUGGGUCGUGACGAGCCCCACGUACAAGGGCGCGCUGGCCUUUGUCAAGGCGGGGUGACGGUAGCGUAGAAAGGCGUGGCGCUGAAAUUGCCGCUGUCUUUUCUGGAACCCUGUGCCGACCGAGCCAUCCGGUCGACCCUCCUGGCGUCUGGUUGUCUCCGAGAACUCGUGUAUGUUAGUGAAGGUUUCGUGGUACGUCAACAGGCUCAUGGAAAGGUGGAUAGUCGGCUCUGCCCCCGAGGUGUUCAGGGGUCCUAUCAAUUCCUUGCUCCACGUUCCGCCUGAAGAGGUCCCGCCCUCACUGACGUUCAUCGAACAACCUAGUCAAGUGUAGUUUCAUGGUAGCAUCGGGGUCAGAAGGGAUCGUCAUUGAUACAUCCCUUUUCUUCGCCCCCCUUCACGUGGAAUGCCGGCCUUUUGAUAGAAAAAAAGUGAGACGUUUCACGCCCGAUAUGUACACGUCAACACCGGUCGGUGCCGUUGCUUCAACUCCGUCAUGUUUUGUUGGUUUUCAAAUAUCUUGCUUUUCCUGCGUUUCCCCUCGUCCGGCAGUUGACGUACCCCAACAACUGCUGAUUUGUUUUUUCAACGAAACACUGCUGAAUCGAAAUUGAAGAUGUGCCGGGGGUGAGGUCACUGGGAAACCUUGGUCCGAUUCAA